GUGUCCAGCCAUCCAGACCUCUAACCUCUAAAGCUGGAAUAAAAUCAAGAAUACGUGACCUCUGAAGGAAUGAGUAAUGACAAGAUAUAUGGGGGUCGUACAGAUGGGCGUUGCCACUUCAGAGUUUGCUGUGCUGCUUGGCAGUUGCUAUUUUGAUUGUGCACUGCUCUGUUGGUUUUAAUUCAGUGGCACACAGAAAGAACCGGAAAAGAGCAGUUCUGUAUCAAUAAGCAGCUAAAAACACAAGGCUAGCAACCAGCCUUAUUAGCCAAUCAGGGUGAUGAAAACAACUUAUGCUCAGUUUAAUUGGUGGAUGUAUUUUUUAUAAGGCCAGCUGACAAAGUUCUGUCAACCUCAACCUCACCGAUGGAUGGCCUAAGACCCUAAUGGGACAAGGACAACAACUUUGAAAGCCAAAGAGCCACUUCAGUUAAUAAUUAAUGGAAGUGUUGGCUAUUCUCUGUAAAGAUUUGCUUACUCGGUAUCUUUUUGGGUCAAACCCUUUCCCAGUGGAAGAGUUGUGGAAAGGCCACCUUUCAAGCAGAUUGCAACACUUACGUGAAAGUACCCUUUGCAAAAUAAGAGGGACAGGAGAAUCUUCCACUGCACAGGAGUUUACAUUCCACGUGUGCCAUGGAGAACAAAAGAAAUGCGGAGAUUAAGGAAGAAGACUGUGAAUGGGAAGAUAUGGAGCAUCAGAAGAAGGUGUAUGGCAUUCAGGAAGAGAAGAAUUGUGAAUGGAGUCGAACAGUCAUUAAAGAGGAGUCUGGGCCAACAUCUGACACCACUGACUUGCAAAAAAAUGAAAUGGCAAACUCUGUCAAGGUAGAAGAUGUUAAAUUCGAGUCUCUCCCUCAAUAUGUGCGUGCAGAUGACAGACUGACUGGAACAGGCUCCACGAAAAUGAAAUCCCACUUCCAGGUGAAGACUGAACCUUUGGAUUCUGACAUGAAGGAGACGGAGAAAUCAUCACGUUCAAGGAAUUCUGGAGAAGAUGUGGAAGAAAGUGGCACCUUCUUCUCCUCUUCAUUUCUUCAUACAUCUCUUCACUGUAGACCACAGCAAAAUGAAAACAUGAAAGAGCUGACAUCUGGACCAGAGAUUUUGACGCCAACCUCCUUGCCUGUGAAACUAAAAAGAACAGAUACAAUCAAUAGUCAACAGGUGCAUAAUACAAAUACAAAGGCUCGGUAUGUCUACAAGAAGCAAAGGAGAACUUCUAAACAAAAAUCUAAAACUAAACUUAAGUUGAGUCAUACACAACAGAAACCCUAUUCCUGUUCUGAGUGUGGCAAACGAUUUCUCACCAGUGGUAAACUUCAAAUCCACACAAGAAUUCACACUGGAGGGAAACCAUAUUUCUGUUCUGAAUGUGGAAAACAUUUCUCCCAUAAAAGCCAUCUUCAUGCUCAUAUAAGAAUUCACACUGGGGAGAAGCCAUACUGCUGUUCUGAAUGUGGAAAACAUUUCUCUCAAAAUAGUCAUCUUCAUGCCCAUAAAAGAAUCCACACUGGAGAGAAGCCAUAUUGCUGUUCCCAGUGUGGAAAACAGUUCUCCCAAAUAGGCCAUCUUCAGACCCACACAAGAAUUCAUACUGGAGAGAAGCCAUUUUGCUGUUCUGAAUGUGGUAAACAAUUCUCCGAAAAGCGCAGUCUGCAGUUACACACAAUAAUUCACACAGGAGAGAAUUCAUAUUGCUGUUCUGAAUGUGGAAAACAGUUCUCUAGCAGUAGCAAUCUUCAGAUCCACACAAGAAUUCACACUGGAGAGAAGCCAUAUUGCUGCUAUGAAUGUGGGAAACAGUUCUCCACAAGUAGCCAUCUUCAGACCCACACUCAAAUUCACACUGGAGAGAAACCAUAUUGCUGUUCUGACUGUGGUAAACAAUUCUCACAAAGAGGCAAUCUUCAAACGCAUAGAAGAAUUCACACUGGAGAGAAGCCGUAUUGUUGUUCUGAAUGUGGGAAACGAUUCUGCACCAGCAGCAGUUUUCAAACCCACAGACGAAUUCACACUGGAGAGAAGCCAUAUUGCUGUUCUGACUGUGGCAAACAAUUUUCACAAAUAGGCAAUCUUCAGACCCACAGAAGAAUUCAUUCUGGAGAGAAGCCAUUUUCCUGUCUUGAAUGUGGAAAGCAAUUCUCUAAAAAACGAAAUCUUAAAUUACACACAAUAAUUCACACUGGAGAUAAGUCAUAUUGUUGUUCUGAAUGUGGGAAACAAUUCACCACCAGCAGCAAUCUUCAGAUGCACAGAAAAAUUCACACUGGAGAGAAGCCACAUUGUUGUUCUGACUGUGGCAAAAGAUUUAUCACCAGUGGAAAACUUCAAGUCCACAGAAGAAUACACACUGGAGAAAAGCCAUACUGCUGUUCUGACUGUGGUAAACAAUUCACUACCCGUGGUAAGCUUCAGAUCCACACAAGAGUUCAUACUGGAGAGAAGCCAUAUUCUUGUUCUGACUGUGGUAAACAUUUUUCACAAAUAGGCCAUCUUCAGACCCAUGCAAGGAUUCACACUGGAGAGAAGCCAUUUUGUUGUUCAGAAUGUGGCAAACAAUUCUCUGAAAAACGCAGUCUUCACUUACACACAACAAUUCAUACAGGAGAGAGGCCCUGAUGAAGUAAUUUGGAAAGUGAAUAAAGGAAGGAAAUGAGGAAAGAGUUAAAAACAAAUUCUCUUGUUAACUACUCAAUUCUUGAUGAGUACCUUCUCCCAGUCUUAUCAAGGUAAAACUUCUUUCAUACUGUAGUGGGGAAAGGAUCCAAAGAGUUCAUUCACACUGCCUGCACAUCUUCCAGGAUAAAAAUCUGCACUUGAGUAUCUUAAGGCGGUGGCAGUUGUGCACCAUCUUCAGACAUAGGCAAGACCUCCAAUCUGGUGUCAGUUCAAAUGAACAGAAUUUCUGGCUCUGAAACAAUGGACCAAAAAGAUUUCCAGGAGUUCCACAACAGCACACAAAAAACUUUAAGCCACAGCUAGCAGCUUCUUUUCUGUCCUACAGUUUUGGAAUUAUAGGGUGGCCACACAACAAUCCUUAUAAAUUAGACAGUAAAAGAAGAAAACUGCUGCACACACAUCAAUGAAUGUACAUGAAUUAAUACAUUCCAAGACUGUACAUCCUAAGAAAGGCAAGGGACUGAUUGAAACUGAUUACGUGUACAAACAAUGAUAGCAAUCAUUGGACUUCAGGCUUACCUGAUAUAUUUUAAAGACCAAUAUGUUCAGAAAGUGCUUAACGAUGAAACAAAAUGGAAACAACCUCCAUCAUGGAGCUCAGUCAAUUGCUCCAUAAUAGGGAAAGCAUGACAAACUCACUGUGCAGGUGGAAACAUUACAUCCUGCUGGGCAUCAGAAAACUGGACCAGCAGAAAAGGGAGAAAUUGGUGGCAAAACCACAAAUAUAAUGGGAAUUAGGUGCUUACUACUUGGAGUGGUGGUUCUGAGGCUAAGGAUCUGCGCUGGUAUCCAGAAAGUUGCCGGUUCGAAUCUCCAUUACUGCCAAAAGAGAUCCUUCUCUGCUGGGCCCUCAAGCGAGGCCCUUAACCUGCAGUUGCUCCAGGGGCGCUGUACAAUGGCUGACCCCAAGGGGUAUGUGAAAACUAACAAAUUCCUAAUAUGAGAAAUUGUAUAAGAUGAAAUAAAAAAACCCAUGUAGAUCAAGAACUUACCCAUGGAAUUUUUUAUUGAAGGAAAACUAAGACCAAGCGAUGAGCUCCUAAUCGUAGCUAGACAGAUGGCGGCCUGUGCAUAGGGUCAUUCAAGGCAUUAAUAUGGCCACACUGGAACUGGCAACCAGAUGUGUGACUGUUUCUGUCUCGGUCAGGCAGAGAUUGCACUGAUCAAAGACCAGGAGAAAGAACGCCACAGAAAAGAGAAGCUACAACAGCACUGGAUACAUCUUUGGAUGAAAGGCAGUCAGACCACUCCAACAAAAAGGAAAUGGCCACAAACAGGAUCCCAUACUUCUUAAAAGAGGUGAGGAAACAAGGAGAGAAGAAUCAAUGCCACCUUCAGGAUCCAGCGGGUGACACCAGGUUCAUCACUAAAUGGUGGUGUUUGCACAGGGGAGCAAAAUGCAACUUGCAUUGGACUUUGCCCUGAAGAGGCAGUAUGGACUUUAGUUGUCUGUCCUAUUUUUAGGAGAUGGUAUGUGGUGUUCCUUCUAUCAUCAUUCACAUCUUACGGCAUUUACUUUUCUAAGAAUGCUAAACGGACUUUUAUUUUCCAGAACACACUGUACAGUUAAUCACUGUAUAUUUACCUGUA